GAAAGAUGAAUGCUGAUGGACCAGUUUCAGGAGCUAGAAAAUAUAUUUGAGGAACAUUUGGGUAUAGCAAACUCAGCUCAUUCACAACAUCAAUUUUAUGAAGACAGUUCUGGUGAACUGGAUACUGAAUGUGAUGCUGAUUUGCGUGAACCUUUAUCUGUAGAAAGACUAGCUCAUCUGUUCUUUGAUUCUGAUUAUGAUCAUGCUACAGAGACAGACCCCACAGGUGUACAAGAUGAGAAUGAUUGUAGUGAGAAUUUUUGUAUUGCAAGAGCUGGUUGUACGUGUUCAAAAAACUGCCUUGACAAUUUUUCCAUUGAGCAACUUACUGAUCAUAUAUACAGCAUUCGGGAUUUGGAGAAGGCAGAGAAGGAAAUUAUGAUUAUGACCAGUUUAAAUCAGUUUGGCUUUGGGAAAAAAUUAUCAAACCCUCGAAAGAGAACAAAGUAUACGUACACAUUUCAGGAACAAAAAAUAUGUAGAAAGGCAUUUGAGUUUAUAUAUGAUGUCAAAGAAUAUACGUUAGACAGCCUUCAAAAACAUUUGCAAUCUCAAGGCAUUACUCCUCGUGUCCAUGGUAACAAGGGAAGAAAAGCCCCAAAUGCUUUCAAGUUUGAAGAAGUCAAAAAUGCGGUGCAGUACUUGAUAAACUAUGCGAGUCAACACGGAAUACCCCAGCCAGCAGGAACCAGAGGAAGGGACACAGAACCUCCUGUCUUUUUACCAUGUUCAGAUACCAAAGAUGCUUUACACAAGCAGUAUGUUGAAAGCUGUGCCCAAUCCAACAUUCGGGCGCUGUUGUGA